AUGAUGGGACUAUUACGUGGUUUCGCUUCUAAAGUUGAAGAUAUGGCAAAUGGAGAUAUGGCAGCAGAUAUUGAAGAAUUAAAACAGAUUCUCCCCAAACUUACAGAUUUUGAGUGGGCAGACCAGCUGGCUGAUGAAAUGGGUGAGACUACUUUCAUAUUGCAGGCUGCUAUCCACUACUCGAAUGCAGCGUGUUUUGUGUCACGGAGACUUGUGGCCAGCCAAUAUGCUUUGGAAAAGAAAUGG